AUGGCAGUGAUAAGAAACGAGGUUUUCUCCUGUUUUGUUUUCUACGGCGUGCUCCUGGUGAUCAAAAUGUACGUUAUAGCGAUAGUAACGGGACAAGUGAGGCUACGUAAAAAGGCUUUUGCCAACCCCGAAGACGCGCUGAGACACGGAGGUUUGCAGUACCACAGAGAGGAUCCAUAUGUGGAAAGAUGCCGGAGAGCUCAUAUUAACGACAUGGAGAACAUCCUCCCGUUCCUGUUCCUGGGUGCCAUCUACUCCCUGACUGGACCUUCACUGGCUGUGGCCCGUCUUCACUUCUUGGUCUUCUUCAUGGCUCGUGUGCUGCACAGUGUAGCCUACCUGUUUGCCCUGCGAGCGCCAACCCGCUCUCUGGCCUACACUGUCGCACAGAUACCUUGUGUUUCCAUGGCACUGCAGAUCCUAACAGCAACCGCAGCAUAUGCUUAAUAUGAGAUGUGGGACUAAAUAAGUUUGGGCUUAAUAGA